AUGUAUACUUCAUCUCAUGGCAAUCCAAAACAUGCACCAGCAGGGUACCCAACAGCCCCCAUGAAUUUACCACCUCCUUCCCAUAUCUCUCCUUUCCGUGGAUCAGCAGCAAGUGCUUCAUCAUGGUCAACUGGCCUUUGCCAUUGUUGUGAUGACCCUGCCAAUUGUUUGAUCACUGCUUUUUUUCCUUGUGUUACUUUUGGACAAAUUGCUGAGAUUGUUAACAAAGGGUCUAUCUGUAUGUUAUUGAAAACACCCAUUUAAGAUCAUUGUGCUGAUUGCUUGGUUCAUUUUUGCCGUGAGACUUGCUCACAUUGUCAAGAGUAUAGGGAGCUCAAGAACCGUGGCUUUGAUAUGGGGAUUGGUUGGCAAGCAAACAUGGAUCGACAAGGCAGAGGAAUUACAGUUGCUCCAGUGGUAGGACGUAUGGCCAGAUGA